AUGGUCAAAUUGCGCUAUAUUAUUUGUUAUCUUGACAAGUUUGGAAAAUAUGAUGACGAAGAUGACGAUGAAUGUUUUGAGAAUAGUCCUGAAGUUGACAGUGACAAAGACAUUGAAACUUUUGAUAUGCAGUGGGACUUUUACUCGGAUCUUACUGCUAACUUGCUUGUUUUCAUUGAUAACAACGACAUCAGUAGCAAUAAUAGCGACGAUUUCGAUGCAACACUCACCAACUAUUCAAUUUAUGAUAAAUUGGAUAAGACGUUAAUCUGGGGCAGCAUUAAUCUAGAGAUUAACGGUGUCAGUGAAGAAGAUUCUAAUGCUAAUGCGAAUAUUUAUUCCGGACAUCAAUCGGUGACAGAUGAUAAUUCAAGUUUUGGCAAAACCCUUCCAGCACUACGCAAAAACACCAUCACUUCAAAAUGCAAUCUACUUAAUUUAGAUCAUAGUGGUUUAAAACUCUACUUACUAAAGAAAACAGACAGACGUUUCAAGAGCAAAGACUUGGUUGGUCUGGUUGUACAAUUUACGGCACAGAAUAAGACGAUGCCCGGUAAAACUCCCAAGGAACUGAAAAGAUCGGUGCAAGAUCGCUGGAAUCUAAAACACUGA